AUGAAGACGCUGAAUUUCUUCUUGCAAAUCUGCAAUUCUGAAGACAUCGGAACCCUAAUAUUUUAUCAUUCUACUACUUCCAUUUUUACUGGACUUUUUUUUUGUGACAUAUUUUUACAAGAUAUUGAAUGUAAUGAUUUUUUUAAUAUUUCCUACAGUUAUGCCAGAUGCACACGUUCUGUUUCAGUUGUUAGCCCGGCAUAUUAUGCCCAUUUGGCUGCGUUCCGAGCCUGGUUUUAUUUGGAACCUGAGAUAUCAGACAGUGGCUCUAUGAUAAGUAGUGCUGUUCCUGUUGGUGGAAUGAGUGGUGGAGCUGGACAUAGCACUCGUGCGCCUGGUGUUAAUGUUGCUGUGAAGCCCCUUCCCGCACUUAAGGACAAUGUGAAGAGGGUGAUGUUCUAUUGCUGAGAAACUGUUUGCUUAGAAGAUGAAGGUUAUUCGAAGUCGUAUAGUUCUCUUUAACAUUAUGUUUCUUUCUGUGGAAGUUACUUAAAAAGUUUGUCUUUCUUCAGAUGUUGCAAGGUGUAUCUAUUUUACUUUAUUUUUAUUUUGUUUGGAAGCAUUUUUUUA